AUGCGAGCUCCGCCAUCGGCUGCGGCCGGACUUUGCCGCAUUCUGCUGCAGGCUCUCGCGUCAUUGGCCGAAGCCCGCCUGCGCGCAGCAGAGGAGGUCGGCGGCCUUAGCAAGAAGCAGCUGGCAGAGAUCCGGCAGCUCCUAAGGAGCCCGCCCGACCCUGUCAAGCGGACUCUUGCCGCUGCCUGGCUUCUGCUGCACUGUCACCGCUUCAAAGGAAAGCCUGCCAGUGCAGUUCACUUCGAUGAGACGGCAGACUGGCCGCGCUGCCAGAGGAUGCUGGUGGACGAGGGGUUCAUCGCCUCGGUCUUGAACUACGACACCAAGCAACUGGAUGAGGCUCCUUCUGUGGCCGCCCACGUGGCCGCGGCCUACCUCGGCCUCCCCACGGGGGCCACGGCACUCGCCCAAGGCGUGCCCACGAAGCCCACCCUGCGCCGCAGUGCCACGGUACCCGUGAAGGCGCCCUUGGAGUUGGCAGCAGUGGCGCGGGCCUCCGCGCCCUGCGAGACGCUGCUGCGCUGGGUACAGGAGCUUGUCUCAGAGCACGUGGCGCGCGUCAAGCUACAAGAAGCCCUCCGCGUGGCGGAGGCCGCGGCCGCGGCCGCCGAGGCAGCGGAGGCCGCGGCGGAGGCAGAUGUGGCCGAAGCCGAGGCCAACCUGACCCGGCUUCGAGAUGCCCUCGCCGCCGAGGAAGCAGCGCUGGCGACCCUGAUGGCGGAGAAGGCGACGGCAGAGAAGGCGGUCCGCGACCUGCGCAAGUUGGAAAGUCUCGGUACUGUGUCGCCGCCAAAGGCAGCGCCUAAGGCCUCCGUGGCCCCGAGGCCAGCAAAGAAAGCCGUAGAGAUCGAGCUGGAAGUUAGUGGCACGCUCGCGGUGGUGGAGCAGAAGCUGGCCCAGUGCGGCGUUCCCUUCCCCGAGACUUCCUCGGAGGUCUUGGCGGGGGAUCCGAAGCAGGCGCUGAUGCUUCCUCAGAUCGCGCAAGUGCUGAAGGAGCACCGUGGGAAGCUGAAGCUCCUGCUGGAGGGCCACCAGAUGAGCGGAGAGGAACCCGGCUUGGACCUGGAUCGAAGCCUGGCCGUGUACCAGUGGCUUGUUGAGGUGGCAGGAAGUGCACCGGGCUUGCUGCGCCUCAAAGGCUGUGGCACCUCUGCCGGUCUGGGUGCUGUGGUCGUGCCGCUGCCCAUCAGGGAGAUGGUGGUGCGGAGCGGUCCGCUUCCGGCGGAGAUGGAGAUGAUGAGCUACCCGAGCGGCCUCUAUUUUGCAGAGGGAAGCCUCGAGUUGCUCCAGGAGGCAAAGCCCCUCCUGGCCGUCUUCGGCAAGAACUUGGUGGAGGAUGAGUACUCUGUCCGCAUCGAAGGCCAUGUGGACAAGCAAGAGAAUGCGGACAUCGCAGGCCAACGUGCAGCGAAAGUGCGGGACCUGCUCGCCGAGCUGGGUGUGCCGCGGUCGAAGAUGAAGCCGCAGAGUUGCAAGGCUUUCCACCCGCUCUCCCGGACGCAGCUGGCCGUGAAUCGCCGGGUCGAGAUCCACCUCCUCUAG